AUGUUCGUGGCGAACACGCCCUCGGCGAUCAACUACAACGACGUGAGUAGCCCGCAGAGCAGCAGCAUGGACGCGUCUGUGGCCGCCGUGACGAGCGAGCCAGAGACUCGAGUGAUUUCUAGCGCUGAUCACACGGCGCAGCAAGAAAAUUUGUUGAAAAUCCUAAAAUCGAAGGCGAACGAUCAAGAAUUCUGGUGCUCCAUCAGUUACUACGAAUUCAACGAGCGGGUCGGAGAAGUUUGGCACGCGCCAAAAGAUAUGCACUCGGUCUUUAUCGACGGAUUCACACAGCCGAGUGACGGAAGCGCCAAUGGAAACAGAUUUAGUCUUGGAUUGUUGACGAAUAUUAACAGAAAGGCAGAGUCCGAUUCUGCGAGGAGAUAUAUUGGAAGAGGAUGCACCGUGUAUACCGAUAAUAACGACAGCGUGUUUUUGUACAACAUGUCCGAAUCGUCCAUUUUUGUCCAGAGCCCGAUCUGCAACCUUCAGCACAGCUGGCAUCCAGCCACCGUCGUCAAGAUCCCUCCCCAAGGCUGCAUUGAGAUCUUUUCAAACACAAAAUACGAGGAAACGCUUUGUUCAAAAAUCAACUCGGGCUACGAAGAGACGUUUUUCUACACUUAUGUUUGCAAAAUCAGAAUUUCCUUUGUCAAGGGCUGGGGCGCUCAGUACCGCCGCCAGACGGUGACAGCCUGUCCCUGCUGGGUCGAAUUGAGGCUCAACAAACCGCUAGGAAUCCUCGACGCGGCGUUGAAGACGAUCCUGAAGAAUCCUUCGAGUGAGCCGCCUGGAAGCUCCUUAUCCUGA